CAUCGACUUCCGUUAAUCGUCCACAUUAAGGCCAAUCAAUUAUGGCCAAAGGCAUCUCCGUCAAGCGGCCGUCCACCUCAGCCUCAAAGAAGGACAAACAACCCUCCACCGACAAACAAACAAAAAAGGACGACCAGGCAAACAACGACAACAACGACAGCAACCCCAAGCGAGGGCGUCGUCCCCCUCCCCCCCCGCUGUUCCGUUUCUACAAGAUAAGUCGCCUCCACAGACUGCACCCUUGGGUCAACCAUCACACGACCUUCGCGCGGACGAGAGCGGAAGUCUGUGCAUCCUGCUGGGUUUCCUCUUCCUCCUCCUGGCGGCGGCCACGAAGGACGACCCGACAGAAACGACCAACGACCCGGUAAUAACGACUCCUGCAAUGACAACUGACACUCCGGUUGCUCCUACGACUACUAUGGCUAUUGAUGCUAUAAGUUCCUCUGUUCAUAGCACGGCUCCGGUUGGUACGGCGAUGACUAGUACGACUACUAUUGGUGAAACUGCUAUUACGACUAUAACGACUACGACUGGAAGUGAUGAGACUGUGACGCCUCCUGCGAUUGGUAAGGAAGCUUAUGACGUAACGACCUCUGCUGUUGCCGAGUGUAGAGGAGCGCUGAGCCCUCUGAAACAAGUGGUUUUUGAAUGCAGUAAGCUGGAGAGGAUUUUAUCUGGGGAACUUCGUGCUAGGACCCCCGACUUAUCAGUAGCCAUUUUGGUAGGAUUGUGCUCAUGUAAGCUGUCAAAAGACGAGGCAAAUCUUGCUGUCCGUCUGAAGGCUUUCCCGCGGAGGCCUUCCCUCGCCCUCGAGGAAGCCUCCGCCCUUCCUCCGCCGCCUGCGUAA